AUGGAUAAAAAUCAAUUUCUCAAUAGUUUAAAAGAUUCUGCAGGAAACAUUGAACGUGUUGAAGAACUUGAAAAAGAAUUAGAAAAUGAAAACAACAAUGAAACAGCAGAACAAAAAAAAGAGCGUCUCUUUCAGCGAGGUUUGGUUGCUUUUUUUGCUGAACUAACGCUCAGAAAUCGAGACAGAGAACUCGAAAAUCAAUUAAAAUUAAAUAAUAAAACUGGCGCUAUACUAAUCGUUGGAUUAGCAAAAUGUGGAAAAACCACCAUUUUAAAAACAAUCAAAGAAAAUAAUGGUGGUCAUUUAAUAAUAAAUAAUUUGAAUAAAGAGCUGAAUGUAUAUAAUAGUAAAUUAAUUACAUUCAAUUUAUUAAAUGAAAAACUGAAUAAUUUCUCCGGUGCUGGUAUUGAUGCCGUAUUUUUUCUGAUUGAUGCAUACAAUACAAGCGAUUCAUUCAAUACCAGAAAUAAAUUAAGAAUUACCAUACUAAAAUCUAUUCAAUUAAAUCAUGCUAACAAAGAGUUAAAAGUAAACAAUGUCAAAAUAGUUACAUUUAAUUUGUUAGAUGAAAAACCAGAUAGUUUCUCCAGUGCUGGUAUUGAUGCCGUAUUUUUUCUUAUUGAUAUAUAUAAUACGAGCGAUUCUUUUAAUACCAGAAGUUUUCAAUAUCUUAUUGAAGGAGAUGAAGUUAAUAUUCAUUUGUUACGAAAUGCUCGUGAUUAUAGUGUUCGUUUAUUAAAUUUACUUGGUUUAUCUUUUUAA